CCGUUCCCCAUCUUUCUCUCUCUUCCCCUCUCCGGGCGACCGAAGAUUUCCCCAAUAAUCCCUAGCUUAUUUCCCCAUAUUUUUUCUUUUAUUUUCCGCCAUUAUUUUCAAAUCGAUCCUUCGGGGACAAAUCCCCCGCUAAAAAAACCCCUCCGGCCCAUCGAAUCCGAUGGCUUUUCAUGUCUCUUGCCCGAUCACUUGCCGGCGGAUAUGCUACUGCGAGCUGGGGUUCGCGGGAGGACUGCGGAGCGAGAAAUCAAGGCGGGGCUUUCUCGAGGAGAUCGAGGUGCUGGAGGAGUUUUUGCGGGAUCCAUGGAUUGUGAGGCCGGGUGGCGCUGGGGACUCAGCGGCGCAGGCGACGGUUCAGGUAUUGGUGCCGAAGGUGGAGCCGGCUCCCGCACCGGUGUCUUACGGUGGCGGCGAUGGGGAUGACGCGUACUCUGCAUCUGCGCAUGCUAAGCGCUUGGCGCUGCAGCGACAGGCUGUCGCGGCGUCGCUUGCUGCUGAGAACUAUGCGAGGAAGAUGGAGGUCGUGGGUGCUGCGGAUUCUCUUGGUGAGCCAGUACUGGGUGAACAAGUGAUUGAUCUUGCCAGAGAUGAUCAAGGUUCUACUGUCAAGGUUAUGUGCCGCUUGUGUUUCUCUGGGGAAAAUGAAGGCAGUGAUAGAGCUUUGAAGAUGCUCUCAUGUCAGUCUUGUAACAAAAAGUAUCAUAGACGUUGCUUGAGAAGUUGGGCUGAAUAUAGAGAUUUAUUCCACUGGAGUUCAUGGGUUUGUGCCUCUUGUCGCAUUUGUGAGGUAUGCCGAAGGGCUGGAGAUCCCAACAAGCUGAUGUACUGUAAAAGGUGUGAUGGUGCUUACCAUUGCUAUUGUCAGCAACCUCCACACAAAAAUGUCAAUCACGGGCCUUACCUGUGCUCGAAGCAUACAAGAUGUCACAGUUGUGGGUCCACAGUCCCCGGAAGUGGUCCUAGCACAAGGUGGUUUUUAGGAUAUACUUGCUGCGAUGCUUGUGGACGAUUGUUUGUUAAAGGAAACUAUUGUCCAGUUUGUUUGAAGGUUUAUAGAGACUCAGAAACAACGCCCAUGGUUUGUUGUGACAUCUGUGAGCGAUGGGUACAUAUUGUCUGUGAUGGCAUCAGUGAUGAAAAAUAUCAGCAGUUCCAGACUGACCAGAACCUGCAAUAUGUUUGUGCUGCAUGCCGCGGUGAUUGUUAUCAGGUUAAAGAUAUAGAUGAUGCUGUUAGAGAGCUUUGGAAUAGGAGAGAUGAAGCUGAUCGCAGUCUUAUUACAAGUUUGAGAGCUGCGGCUGGCCUGCCCACUGAGGAGGCAUCAUUCUCCACUCUACCCUAUUCUGAAGACGAGUCAAAUGGCCCAACGGUACAUAGAAACGUUCAUGGAAGAUUUUUGAAGUUUUCUGUUAAAGGAUUAAGCGAUAAAUCUGCUAAGGCUUUCAAAGACUCUGGAAAAACUAGCUCGAAGAAUUUAACAUCUAGUAAGAAACCUGUUAAAAAGAAAGAAUGGCAGAUUAAAUUUGUUAGUAAAGCAGAUGGUCUGCCUCAAAAUCCUGAAGUAGAGCAUGGGGCCAUGUCAUUGAAAAAUAAUUUGAAUGAUCCAGUUCAUGAUGAUCUCAAAUCAUGUAGAGCAGACGGACAAGAAAGUUUUUCAUCACCAAGUACUGGGAUUGCUGGUGAUUCUGCAGCGAAGUUCUCAGAUGCUAAGACGGAGAGCAACAAUGACAUCUGUGGGAAUGAAGUUCUUGGUGAUCCUUCUGAUAGGGUGAUCAAAAUCCAAAACAAACAGCUAUCAGAUAGCCAUUUUAAGGAAUGUGCUGGUAAAAAUUCAAGCAAGUCUGAGACUGUAAAAGGAACUAAAUUGGUCAUACAUAUUGGUGGAAGAAAUAGAAAUGUUACAAGUUCUCCUAUGUCUGAAAGUUCCAGUUGUCAGAGAGAGCAAGAUUUAUCUACCCUCAAUGGCAGCGAAUUUAACAGCCUUGGUAAGACGAAAAAUAGCAAGAAUGGUUUUUCUCAGGCUCAGGUUGAAGGUGUUAAUGUUGAUGGAGAAGGGACCAAACAAUAUAAUACUAACCAAAUGAGUAGUUCAAAACAUGGAGACAAGCAUAAAAAUGUUAUAAAGCUCGGAAAGGUUUCUGAUAUGCAUAGAAAAAACAAUGGUAACAUCGUUCAAGAGAGUGUACUAAGGAAUUCAUUAAGAAGCCCAGUAUUUGGGAAAAAAGGUGCUGAGGUAGACUUGGUAGAUGAAGAAGCAAGGCUAAGAAAUGAUGAAACUGUACCAGGGAAACAGCCAGUGAAACACCCGGUUCUGCCUAAUUUGGAGUAUGGCAAAAAUGACAUUUUACCCCCAAAACCCAUUUCAGGUGUCCCAAGUGAAAGACCAUUGCUCAAAUUGAAAUUCAAGAAUCCCUAUUUCGAACAGAAAAGUUCUUGGGCUUCACAUGGUGAAGAAGAGAACUCUGUAAAAGGACAUAGAUCUAAGCGAAAGAGGCCUUUUGUGGAGAAAAAUUCUUCUCUUGAACAUCAGGACCUACCAAAACAGCAUCACGAACAUCAAGUAGAUGAGGCAGUAGAUGCAAAUUGGAUAUUGCGAAAGCUUGGUAAGGAUGCAAUUGGGAAAAGGGUUGAGGUUCAGCAGAGAUCAGGUGAUUCUUGGAAAAGGGGAGUAGUUUCAAAUCUCAUUGAAGGCACUUCCUCUCUGUCGGUCCAUUUUGAUGAUGGAAGAUCAAGAACUUUAGAGCUUGGAAACCAACGUGUUCGCUUUAUUCCACAGAAGCAUAAAAAAUUGAAGACAUGAAACUAACGUCUUUGUGAAUAUGAUCUCCACAUCAUUGUGAAUAUUUCUAGGAGAAUUAUGAAGAGGGCCACAGUGAGGCAGGUCUGUUAAUAGAUGAGGAUUACUCUUCCAGUCCAUUUACAGUCUGAUCCUACUCAAAAACUUUUGAAGCACCCAGAAUAUGCUUACAAGGUGUUUGAGAAAACUCCUGAAGGUACCUUGGAAUCCGCCAUGGCCGUCAAACGAUGAAGAUCGAAGAAGCAUUCUUUAUGGCAGAUUACCACUUCCAGCUUCUGUUAAGGAUGCCAUUGUUGUAGUACUAGUUUUGGUUGAAGAACUCAGCUUAGUUUCAGGGUUAGUUUCCCUUUCAUCAUUCCUUGUAAUGGCUGUAUCUGAGGCAGGGCUCUUCUUUUCUUCUAAACUAGUAAUAAUUUGUUGAGGGGCCUUAUUCUCGUUAUGACAUUCUCUCUUAUCAUUUAAUGAAAAAAAUAUUCACUCAUAUUUUGCUCA